AUGGGUUACAAGAUGUGCGACUUGUACAGACUUUUGCGCGUCAGUAACAUAGACCUACUACAGUACAUGCUACUGUCGGCAAAGUUAAAAAAGAAAGACGAAAUUGGCAGUGAAGCACACCAUACGACAGAAAUGACCGCUGUUUACCACGCUGAUGACUCUGUAAUACUAGAAGAAGUAUUGGAAGUAAUUCAACAUGAAGCCAAGUAAGUUACAGUAAUUUUCUACUAGUAAUACAAUGUAUACGGUAAUAGACAGCUAGUAAUACAAUGUAUACGGUAAUAGACUAUAUCUUUAUCCUUAAUAUUUUCUUCAAACUAUGUUUCCAAACUUGUUAAAAUGAAAAGUCUGUAACUUAAAGUAAGUAAUAUCCACUUAAUUUCAGGAAAUCUCACGUAAACUUGAAUCUUCUGCCAAUUCAAGACGAAUCCGAGCAUUUGUCAACUUCAGAAGUAGCUCAGCUUACCAAAUACAACAACAUCAUUUACUUGACGUUCGACGAGCAAGUCGAUCUAGACAGACUACUUCAUGUCAUACCUUCUACCUCCAAGUUAACGUUGAUAACAUUGAAUGAAGAGAAGUUGGAGGAUGUAGGAGGCCAAAAAUACUGUAGCCAAAUCCUCGCCGCCGUUAAUAACAGUAGUUCUGAGUUUGAAUCCUUCAACAGAAUUCAAAUCAACGUGAACAUUGCCAAGGAAAACGUCAAAAAUGGGUACGUUUAGUAUUUUUUACUUUAAUGAAUCUAUAUAAUAUUUAAAAUACACACUUUAAAGUAAUUUUAUAUCAAAACUGAGUUUGUCAAUAGUAUUUUACUUCAAAACAUUCCUUCAGUUAAGCAAAAAGCAAUGUAAACUAACCAUAACCUUUCAGGAUUGAAUCCUUCGAACUCUUUUCGGCCCACGAUAUUUACAUUGGGGAAGAAGACUCUGCCAGAGUGUCCUAUAUAGAACUCGGAGUGGAUUCAGAUGCCAUAGUAAAACAGAAGAACAGUGGUAUGUUCAUUCGACUUGAACAAGACAACAAGAACGUAUCCAUGAGUCACGAACAUCAGAUUCACGAACCAAACUAUGUAUCCCCAACCCAAGUGCUACAUCUUUUGGAGACCUUGAAGGAUAUGGGCUACGAUUACACAUCUUCUAAUCAGGAGAUGGAUAAGGAGAAUAUGGUUAAUGAAGAGAUGGAGAGUGAUGAUUCGAAGGUUGAUAAGGAUGACAAUGUUAAGGCUAGUUGCAGUUCAAUGUUAGACGAUAGUCGUGACUUGGCUACAAAGUUCAACGAAGCCAUUCAGAAGAAGAACAGUGACAACGGUAAGCCAAAGAUAUACUCGAGCUUUGCCUAAAAUUUUUUAUAUAUUAAUUUAAAACAAAAACAUUUCAAAAUUUUAGUAAGGUUAUUUCAAAAGCAGUCUAAACCUUUCAAAUUCAAUGAUCAUGUUGUUUGCUUUCAGGCCUGCAUUACCGACUCCGAGAGCCCAUCUUCAACAACACAUUCCGAGAAAUCAAACCGUUUGGCGUUUUCAAAAACAUGUUCAUACGUUCAAAGUGUACUCAUGGUAUUGUGAUCGUUGAUGGCUUCAAGGAAUUCAAGUUCAACAACGGAGAUGAAGUGACGUUAAGCAUGAACCAGGAUCUCAGAAUUCAACGAGUUUACUUAUAA